UACAUAAAAUGAAGCGCAUCCGAUGUUUCCCACUCUCCCCCGUUUCCACAUUGGGGAAUCUGUUGAGAGAGUGGGAGGAGCUUUGAGGACUUGUUAUUCGCCACUCUUCCGUCUCGUCGCUGGUGUUUGAGUGGGUGAGCGAGAGUUUUUCCGGUCGUUGCUGCUAGGGGACGCUGUCAAAUUUGCGGAUUCCUCUGUUUUCUCUGGUUUGCGUCGAUUUCCUCUUCUCCCUCCUUGUUCUGUCGUCGCCCCACUGUGUGGACACCGAGCUGCGAUCCUUCUUCCUUUUUGUUGCUGGUGGGUGUGUAAACGAAGGAGUUAGGUUCGCUUCUAUUGAAGGUUACCGUCGGGACUUGCAGGCUCUUGUUCCUCCACCCCUGCUUCGUGUCGCAGACCCUUCUUCUUCUUCUCGCUGUUCCCUCGUUGCAUUUCUAGUGGAGGGAGUUUAGAUUUCUUCUCUUCGUUCCUCUUUGCUUAAUUGGCUUACAAAGGAAGGUUAACCUUGCAUUUUGUGCCAGUCUCGGUUGGUAUUGUGAGCGUGACAACUGUCAUCACAACUUCACCAGGCAGAAACAUAGAUCAUUUUGGUUCGGUCACUUGCACUACAGAUAUGGAAGCCUCACAAGACCCAAAUUCAAACCCGAGUGGCAUUGACGAUUCAGAGCUUGAGCUCUAUACCAUUCCAAGCCAUUCUAGAUGGUUUCAGUGGGAUGAAAUUCAUGAGACAGAGAAAACAUCUCUCAAAGAAUUUUUCGAUGGCACCUCUAUCUCAAGAACACCGAAGGUCUACAAGGAAUAUAGAGAUUUCAUCAUUAGUAAAUACAGAGAAGAGCCUUCCAAGAGGCUUACAUUCACUGAGGUACGAAAAUCAUUGGUGGGGGAUGUCAGUUUGCUUCGCAAGGUUUUUCUUUUCUUGGAAAAAUGGGGGUUGGUUAAUUAUGGUGCAUCUUCGAAUGAUAGCGGUGAAAAUUUAAUUCCGGAGGGUGAUGAGAAGUGCAAGGUUAAGAUUGAGGAAGGAGCCCCGAAUGGAAUUCGUGUUGUUGCAAUGCCUAAUUCUUUGAAACCCAUCUCAGUGCCUAACUCUAAGAUUAGUGGGAAUGCAGUUGGCUCUGGUUUAAAAUUGCCCCCAUUGGCAUCAUACUCCGAUGUUUACAGGGACAUGACAAGGCAAAAGGAGUUGGCUUGUGGUAUUUGCAGCAAUAAAUGUGAUUCUUGCCACUACAAAAGUACCCAGGAUAAUUUCAUUGUUUGUGCGAAAUGUUUUGAAAAUGGGAAAUAUGGGGAGAAAAGGUCUUCAGGUGAUUUUAAAUUAAUCCAGUCCAAUGAAGAUGGUGGGAAACAUGAAGCUGUCUGGACGGAAGGAGAAAUUCUACUUCUUUUAGAAUCUGUUUUGAAACACGGGGAUGACUGGGAACUUGUUGCUCAAAAUGUUCAAACCAAGACUAAACUUGAUUGUAUCUCAAAACUCAUUGAGCUGCCCUUUGGGGAGUUCAUGUUGGGCUCUGCUCAUAGAAAUGGUAACAGUAACAGUGCUCAUGGCAUUGUGAACAGUGCAAAGCAAGUUCAGUCAUCUUCAUCUGAUCACCAAGAAACUUCCAAGACAGAGGAUCAAAUUCCAGAGCAUAAAGAUGAGACUGAGACGAAUGGGGAUGUUGUGAAGGAAAGUCCUUCAAAAAGACAAUGUGUUGCUACCCCUGCAAUUUCAGAUUCUGGCAGUUCACUGAUGAAGCAGGUGGGACUUAUAUCUACCGUGGUUGACCCUCAUAUCACAGCUGCUGCAGCUGAUGCUGCUAUUAUGGCACUUUGUGAUGAGAACAUGUGCCCCAGGGAGAUGUUUGAUGUUGAUGAGGAUUAUGCUUCUAGCCAAUCUGGCUUGAACACUCUGAAUGGUUAUUCAGCAAGAGUCCUUGAAGGUGAAGGAUCGGAUGUGGAGAGGUCCAUUCAUUCAGAUAUGCAUGAAAGAUCCCCAAAGAACGAUGAUAUACCCAUGACAUUGCGGAUAAGAGCUGCCAUUGCAACUGCUCUUGGAGCAGCUGCUGCUCGUGCAAAGAUGCUGGCCGAUCAGGAAGACAGAGAGAUUGAACAUUUAGUAGCAACUAUAAUUGAAGCACAGAUUGAGAAAUUGCAACGCAAGACAAAGCAUUUCGAAGAACUGGAGCUGUUGAUGGAAAAGGAACAUGCGGAAAUGGAGGAGCUGAAGAAUUCUGUGUUAACUGAAAGGAUUGAUGUGUUACAGAAGACGUUUAGUGCUGGAGUCCCUAGGUGGAAAGAUUAUCCAUCUGGGAAUGGGAAACAUUAGGCUGAUUUGUAUGUUAUAUUAAUAUCAGAUAGUUUAGGCUCUCAGUAUUUUGAGAGUAUUGGACCCGCAUUUUGCAUCAGAUCCAAUGAAUAUGUAAUUGUAUCAUACCAUAUACGUAGAGAGCUUCCUUGUUAAAAACUUCUGGCUUGUGCGAUCAACUUGAAGCGCCCUUUUGUUGGAGUAGCCGCUUUUGUUCUGACUUUA